GGGAAAGAAGUAGCGAGGAAGGGAAAGAAGGAAAGGGGGGAGUAAAUUAGAAACUAAACGAGGCGGGGGUGUAAGUGAAGGCUUUAUUUAUAUUGUCCUGAAAUAAAGUGAUUGUCAGCGCAGUGCCAAGUUUGGUUGCCACCAGAUCAACCCACCCCCUCUUCCAUGCCCUACCUCCACAUAGUGUCCCGAGUAUCGAACGAUCUUCCCAAAUUUAACCCCUCUUUGGCGUAGGACGGAGUCACUGCCGAAGUUUUUUUUACGGAGAAAGGGAACUGUUAAGGAAAGCGAACCCAGGCUGUCCCUCAAGAGAUGGUACUUAUGACCGAACAACCGGACAGAGAUCUAACUCCGUUAUCUACGCCAGAACAAGUUGUAAAGUCUGUCAAACCGGUCAGAAAAGAUCCGAGGGGGAUCCAAUCGACGUCGGAGGCAGCGAAUGGAGGAGAGGACAAGCCCAGGAGGAGUGCCAGUGGGAGGUCUGCUGGGGACACUCAGGUGUCAAUGGACACUGAGUCAGACCUCUCAAAGAGCAGGAAGAAACCACCCCUCAUGAAAUUUAAGGCUGUGGAGCUGCCUUCCCCGAUGCAAACUCCAAGUGACGGUGAAACUAAGUUUGAAGGAAGAAAGAAAUCCCAGUCCAGCCAGAUAUCCAAGACAAAUGCCCAGUACCAUAAAAUAUUCAAAGAAAUCAGCAAGGAUGAGUUACUGAAACAAAGUUACACCUGUGCACUGCAGAAAGACAUGCUGUAUCAGGGCAAAAUGUUUGUGUCUGAUAACUGGAUAUGUUUCCACUCCAAAGUCUUCGGCAGAGAUACUAAGAUUGCUAUUCCUGUAAUCUCUGUGACACUUAUCAAGAAGACAAAAACUGCCAUUUUGGUUCCAAAUGCACUCGUUAUCACAUCCACAAACAAGCGGCACGUAUUUGCAUCAUUCCUAUCCCGAGAUACAACUUAUAAACUUCUGAAAUCCGUCUGCGUUCAUCUGGAUGGGGACAAUACAGGGAGCAGCCUCAUUACUUCCUCUGCUGAGAAUAGCUUCAUAGCCGAUUGUCCCUCCUCACUUCCUCUGGAUUUCUCUGGAGACUUCUCAGACCUGGAUGGGGUUGUGUGCCAGAGGAGGCAAGACAUGCUGGAGACCAGCAGCUCAGGCUCCCAGACCCCAGACUAUGAGAAAAUGACAGAGUUCCCCAUCAUCCCAGACACGUUCCUGAGCGCGGUGAAGAACGUAGAGGUGGCGGUGCACGCAGACAUCCACCUCCAGACCCCCAACCAAAAACACGGAGCCGCUCACCAGAACGGGCCGACCAAGCCUGCCCAGGGUGUUGUACACAAAGUGAAAUCGCUACAGCCAGUGUCGUUGAACACCCUUCUACUCGUCUAUUUGUUCCUAGUUAGUGUCCUUGUCUUGUCUUCGUGUUACAUGGCCUUCAAGAUUAUGGCUCUUGAGAAGCGGCUGAACUCGUUGAGUUCCGUGGGGGAGUAUGCACACAACGAAAACGUUGUGCAUCACAGAUCGCAGGUCGACUUCAAUGCCGAAAUCUAUGGGGAGCUGUCUACAAACCUGUUCAAGCUAGAAAAGAUUCAGAGAAAUCUCCGUAAGCUACUUGAAGAGACCUGUCUUAGGCGUACUGAGGGAAUCAUGGCCACGGAAGAACCAUCCCCUCCGUCGUCCAUGGAGAGCAACAAACCCGGCUUCCCCAAACAGAUCCUGGCCAACAAGCUGGAAGAUAAACACCUGUGUAACUGCUGUCAGAAGCUGCUGCGGAGGCCCUUCCAAGCCCAGUGUGGACACCGCUUCUGUUCCUACUGCUUCAAUAGGACUGUCAGAGAUGGACCUCAGAAAUGCAGUGCUUGUAUCAAAGAGGACAUUUUUGAAGAGCCCACGUCGAUUCUAAAACAAGGCUGUGCUUUUCCUGACAACGCAGCUCGACGAGAGGUCGAAAACCUGUCUGUUGUCUGCAUCAACGAAGGCUGUACCUGGAAAGGCAAUAUUAAAGAAUAUGAGUUGAGCCACGAGGGGAAGUGUGACUACAUGAUCAUCCCCUGCCCCUCCUGUAAAGAGCAGAUCCGCUUCAACGAACAGGAACGCCACAACGAGCGAGAGUGCCCUGAGAGAACUCUCAACUGCAAGUACUGCAAGGAACCAUUCCAUUUCAAAAACAUCAAGGCCCACGACGAGAUCUGCCCCAAGUACCCCAUGAUCUGUGAAGGCUGUGCCAAGAAGAAAAUACCCAGAGAGAAGUACGUGGACCACAUUAAGUUCUGCAGCAAAUUCAGAACUCCAUGCAGAUUCCAUGUUGUUGGGUGUGAUAUGUCAGUGGAGAAGGAGAGGAUCCAUGACCACGAGAGGGCCUGCGCCUAUGAGCACCUCAACUUGCUGCUGCACUACAUUAUGGGGAUGAAGGUGAGCAUGGAGGGCCUGCAGCCGCAAGGCCUGGAGCUGGCUGGACACAAGCUCCUGGAGCUCCACCAUUCCCUCAGGGAGCUGGAGGCACGCGUCUCCCAGCUCAGCACUAACUCCACCGGGCCUCCCGUGCAGGGGGCCACCAACUCUUCUUCCUCCCCGGGCCUCUCCGGGCCUCCCGCCCUAGCUCUUCCCCUGCCUCCACCUCCCGCCCUGGCCCCCACCCUGACUGUGUCCACCUCCUUCACCCCCUUGCCCAGCUCGGUGGGGGCGGCCCUGGAGCUACAGCUCCACAGUGAGAAGACCAAGGUGGCGGAGCUGGGACGCAGGUGCACCGACCUGGAGGUGAAGGCGGGGAUGUUUGAGAAUGUGGUUUGCGUGUUGAACCGAGAGGUGGAGCGCUUUGCCACAACCAUGGAGGCCAGUAACAGACAGCAUCGCCUAGACCAGGAUAAGAUUGAGGCCCUGAGCAACAAGGUGCGGCAGCUGGAGAGGACGGUGGGGCUGAAAGACCUGACGGUAGCAGAGAUGGAAGGCAGGCUGAGGGAGAUAUCGGGCACCACAUUCGACGGCAUCUUCAUCUGGAGGAUCUCUGACUUUACCAAAAAAAGACAGGAUGCCAUCGCUGGCCGAGCUCCUGCCAUGUUCUCACCAGCCUUCUACACCAGUAAAUACGGCUACAAGAUGUGUCUGCGGAUCUACCUGAACGGGGACGGGACAGGGCGUGGCAGCCACCUGUCUCUGUUCUUUGUGGUGAUGAGGGGACUGAGUGAUGCUCUGCUCAAAUGGCCCUUCAACCAGAAGGUGACUCUGAUGCUGCUGGACCAGAGUAACAGGGAGCACAUCAUCGAUGCCUUCCGGCCCGACGUCACUUCCUCCUCAUUCCAGAGGCCUGUAAGUGAGAUGAACAUCGCCAGCGGCUGCCCGCUCUUCUGCCCGCUCUCCAAGCUCGACGCCAAGAACUCCUACAUCCGCGACGACACCAUUUUCAUUAAGGCCAUCGUGGAUCUCACAGGCCUCUAGGAUGCACCCUUUGAAGUGGAAGUGCAAGACAACCGAGCAGCAAUGUGGCCAUUCAGGCUUCAUUUUGGCUGCUUUUUAUGCACCAUUUCAGCUCCAUUUUGGUUCCGUUCGGGCCUAUUUCAGUCCCCUUCAUUAGUAGGGAGACUGACAUGCUUGCUACCGUGUGCUGCAUGUGGCUCCAGUUUGCCCAGCUCAGGAGGCCCUUGCACUGUUGUAGCUCUACCAUCUCUUAAUGCCACAAUACUGGUUCCUCAUGGUGCUUGAACCCCAGUUGGUGUAUAGCUUUAUUAUUUGUAUCCAUGGAAAUAACUCCAGAAUAUAGUCUCAAUAUUUAGUAGGACAGAACCUGUGGUAUUUAAAUGGGGAUAUGUGGCAAUUGAAUUGAUUUGGAGGGCAUCUUUUUCUCUUUGUUUUUCAUAAGACUUCAUUGGGUCUCAGAGAGAGUGAAUUGUAGCUGUUAGAGAAUAGCAAAAAGAGGGAUAUGAACCUUUUCCUUGUCAGUGUAGAAAACUGCCCCACUGCUUAUUGCAGAAGUAGAGCUUAUCGUGGCUUGGUGCAGCAGGGUAUAUUCACUUUAUCUCUUGUUUCCGAUCUCAACCCGAGUCAUUUUGAUUGUGGAUAUCGUGAGCUUCUCAAUGCCAUUGUUGAGUACAUUUGCAUAGACAAACGUGGAGUUAUGUUAUGAAUAAGAAUAUGGGCAUUUGUUUGCCUUUUUGCGCAAAUUGCAUGCGGGCUAUCUUUUAUUGGCCUUGGUGUUGAAGUGCUCGCUCUUUUCAUUGGGCUGCUGAAGGGAUCCUUCCUUGUUCGUUAUUACACCUGUUAGUGAGUUAAACCAUCUGUGAUGGUGGACAUUGCCUGCAUGUCUUGGAUCCAGGCAUAUACUUUUACAUUUACUUGUUGGUGUUGCGUUUCUUGUUCCUCUUUAGGGGUUGAGGCUUAUGGGAUUGGUGGUUCGGUACAUCUGUGGAAGAUACAGUGGAGUUAUCAGGGUGUUAUAAGGCAGCUUGUCAAUCAAAGCCUGAGGCAUACAAGUGUAUUUCUAUCACUGGUAAAUACAUCAAGCUGGAAGAGCUUUCCCCUCCAGGAUAUGCUCAUUACAGUAGCUCAUAUAUCAACACAUAGUACUGUGCCCCACCACAGAUGUUAAUACAGGUUCCAUGAACUGAAGGAAUGGUGUGUUCCUUGUUUUCUGUUCAUAUUACAGUGUGGUACAUUUGUAUGUAGUUUUGCUGCUAUGUCAGAUAUGUUGGUGAUGUAAAACAAAUGUGUUGCGAUCAAUGCGAAAUUUAGCACAGACAGUUGAAGGUGUAAAGUGGAAGGAUAAAGAGAGAUGUAACCACGAAGUGAAAACAAGUGAAUGUGAUGGUAUACUUUGCCAUUGGACCAUAGUGGUUGAUCAUCGUUAAUUGAUGUUUGAUGUAACUCUAGAUAAAUCCCAUUAACCUGUGGGUGACAGUGAAACCUCUUAGUCUAGGUGGUAGUAUUAUGAUUCAUGAAGCCCCACAAAUGACACUGACCAAAAUGCUAAAUCUGAGGAAAUCCUUUAGAUCUGAAAUGUAUCUGUAGGUUGUAUGCUUGUCCAUUAGGGGGUGCUGUUUUACUUGGUACGCCUGUGUGCGUCCCCAAUAGUCUUCCCCCUCUGGACUUGUGUAGGAGUUUUCACCUGCCUGUUUUGAAACCAGUCUUGACCUGUUUUGAAACCUCUCUGUGCAUGGGAGGGUUCAAUUCAUAUUCAGUAUCGCAGUUCGUGGUUGGCUUACCUCGUAGACCAAUGGCCAAUGCAUUUAUUUGCAUUUAUUUGGAGGAGUAUAAAUAAAGAUGUUAGAGUUAUUAUUAUGUCAUAUCUCGCACAGCUUCUGUUCAACACAAGCUGAUGCCUAUAUAUAUAUAUAUAUAUAUAUAUUCAUAAGAAUUUAUAAAUAUAAUAUCAUAAUGUUGAACAAUUCAAUAUAUUGAUGUUACUAUACCCAUAUUGUUAUUAAUAAAUAUAAUAUAGUUGAAUAUAUUAUUAAUGAUAUAAAUAAUACCUACUUUUUGUUUGUCGAGGUGGUUUAAGACAAGUCUGGAAAACCCCUUAAAGUAACCCAAAUACAUCAAAUGCUGUGCCACAUAAUACCAACCAUGGCACCCCAUUCUCCUGGGUUAACUGAGGGUUAAAAACCAAAAUAUGAAGUGGUUGUGUUUACAUUCCCCAAAAUGACCCUUUAAAGGUUCCCACAGUAAUUCUGUGUCACAUAACUGUGCUUCUCAACCUUUUCUGUACCACUGGGGCCGGAAAACAAUGGUCCCACUUGUACCAAGAACCGUCAAGUUGCUAUGGUCCUUCCUCCUCGAAGGACUCCUUAGGCCUAUAUCAAAACAGCACUUGAGAUCUGGCUACAUUAUUGUCAGCUAACCAUCUGAUGGACCGGUCAGCAGCAUCCCUGGGACUGGUGCCAGUCCUCAGGCCAGAGGUUGAGGACCACUGAUUUUUUGUCUUCUGAGAAAGGGUGCGUUGGUUGUUAUUAUAGGUAGUAUUUGCGCUCUGAACAUCAUAUUUGUGCAGUCAGUGAAUAUGGUGUUUGGUCCUUUGAUGGUUAUAGACAGGGUUUGGUUCUGCAGGAGUUGAUUCUGACUAUGUUCAUUAUAGGGCGAAUCCCUCCUGCAGAGGUAGCUUUUUUAGCAUCAAACUGGAGAAGUUGUUCAGUCAGUUUACAGCCCUCAACGAAAAGGAAUUCAUAUAUAUUAUUUCCUUUCCAUAAAUACUUAUUCUUGUGUUGUGCCAGAAUGUUAUAUUACCUCCAAAUUAUUGCAAAAGCUGUGUUAUACAUUGUACUUGUAUUCUAUGCUAAAAAAAUGGUGCCAAAUAUGCUUAGAGAAAAAAAAGAUAUUAUGUACAUAUGAAGGUUUAUGGUUUGUAUUUUUGUUUCAUUCCAAUGUAAUGCAUGGGUCACUUUUGGAACCACCUAGACUGAUGGAGUACUUUCAGCAAAAUAUCUCCUCAUAAUCCAAUAAUAUACCUUUCUUUAGGUCUCUGAAUGUAAAGCUUUAAUGCAGUGGUCCUUUACUCUUUCUGGGAGAGAAAACCAGUUCUGUUUUAACAGUUGUUGAUGCAGUUGAAUUUAAUGAACUUUAAUUGUGCACUUUGUAUUAUUUAAAUGUGAAAAGGGUACUACUUUGUUCUGUGAUGUGUAUACUGUGAAGUCAGAGCUAUAUACAUUCUGAUUGGUUGAUCCUGUAUGUUCUCUAUACGCUGUAAAGGCUGUAACAGGACAUGUAGUAUGCAAUAAAUCUGUCAUUGGA